AUGAUUAAUAGUAAAGUCAAAUCAGAAUUUUUGUAAAAACUUGCUUGCUGUUCAGAAUAUGCUUAUAGAGAAGAUACCAACUAUCCUAUUAGAAAUCAAAUGGAAGAUUGUAUACAAUACUCUAAAUAAGAUCAGCCCAUUAUUAUAAAGAUAAUUGUUUUUAGGAUGGCACUACUUGUCUAUUUGCAGUAUUUGAUGGUCAUGGAGGGACUGAUGUAGUUGAAUACAUUACAAAAAUUCUGCCAGAAGUAGUUUAAUUUAAAUAUUAAAUAAAGACUUUUCUAAGAGAAUUCAAAUAAUUUAAUACUUUGAAACCGAAUGAAUAUUUUGAAUAAAUAUUCAAAAAAGUUGAUGAUUAACUAAAAUUAGUUGGGGCUGCAGAAAUAGGGGCCACAUGUUGCUUAACUCUAUUAAGAAAGGAAGAUAAUAAAAGAAAAUGUUAUAUUGCAAAUUUGGGUGAUACAAGAGCAGUUAUGAAUAUUGAUGGUAAAGCAGUUAGAAUGACAGUUGAUCAUAAAGGAAUAGACCCUGNUUAUAGACUUGUACUAAUUGCAGAAGUUUAUCUUAUUAAUUAAACUUGA